UCGAGAAAGAAAGAAAGAAAGAAAUUAGUGGAGGGAGAAUGGUGAGUGAAAGGAAACUCUAUGAUGCAGUAUCCCAAGGGGAUGUAACAGCACUUCUAGAGCUACUUAAUAACGAUCCAUAUCUUGUUGAUGGAAUCUCAUUUCCAUGUUCAAGAAAUCUUCUUCACAUAGCAGCAAUGCAUGGACAAACAUCCCUUGUUGAUGCAUUGUUGAACCUUAAUCCGAGGCUAGCUUGGAGAUUAGACUCCCAAAAAUCGUCACCACUACACAUUGCAGCAGCAGAAGGGCACGUCGAGAUCUGCCAAAAGUUGUUACCAGUAGGCGCCCCCGAGACUUGCUUUUGGCGAGACAGUCAUGAUAUGAACCCGCUUCAUGUUGCAGCCAUGAAAGGGCGUGUUGAGGUAUUAGAAUAUUUCCUUCAAGUGAGCCCUUUCCCUGCUAUGGAGAGGCUGCGCACCGGAGGGACUGUGCUGCACUUAUGCGUGAAACACGGUCAACUUGCAGCAUUAAAGAUUCUGGUGGAGAGGUUGGGAGAUUUUGUGAAUGCAACUGAUGAGAAUGGGGAGACAAUAUUGCAUUUGGCUGUGAGGUGCGAUCAACUUGAGACUACAAAAUAUUUGGUGGAAAACAAGAAAAUAGAGAAGAGAAUACGUAAUUCUAUGGGGAAAACAGCGUUAGCUAUCUUGGACGAGAGCCCUCCUGGCACAACUAGAAGCUUUUUGGAACACAGGAAAAUCUUGUUAACAAUGCGUAGAUCAUCAUUGAUCAGUUUGAUCUUACCUUCCAAGUUGACAAAAAUGACGAUGGUGGUGGCAGUGCUGAUAGCAACAGUGGCAUUCCAGACCACCGUCAACCCACCAGGUGGCGUGUGGCAGGACAACACGUCAGCACACAAGGCUGGUGAUGCCAUAAUAGCAUAUAGUAAUCCCAAAGAUUUUAAAUCUUUGAUAUUAACUAACACCUUAGCAUUCUUUUCAUCCAUGAUCACAAUUUUCCUCAUUGUCAGCGGAUGGACAACGCUUCACAGUUUUUUCUCGGUUAUUGCCUGGUAUUCUGCGCUGAUGUCGCUGGCUGCUAUCACAUUGAGUUACGAUGUAUCGAAAAAGUUGAUCACUAGCAACGGAAAAACACUCGAUCUCAGUAGUUGGAGUUUUUUUUUAAGAAUAUUAUGUCUGAUGCUUCUAACUUUUAUAGUCGCAGGGUGCUUUUUCAAUGUGCUAGAGUGGUACUUGUACUGGAAGCGAAAACCACGGCAGCAGGAACUCCUUACAACCGGUCCUGUACUUAGUCGCUUCUUUUAUCGGAUUUUUCUACGUUUGGAUGCAUGGUGCGUUUAUGUUAGAAGUUAGAGGAAAACAAAGUUCAUUAUCAGCAAAGAUCAAGUACAAA